UUGGACACGAUUCAUAAUUCGACGUUUCGUUUUUCUUUUUCGUUUAUGGUUUAUGAGCAAAGUAAUUAUUUCAUAGAUUGAUUUCAUCAGUCGUAUUCCGGCUUUAAAAUUUCCGAAAUCUGAAAGUCCAUUCGGUAUACGCAUUGGUGGUUGUCCAUCUGUGAAAAGAAUAGUGUUGGUUUGUAUCUGAUACAGGAAUCCGGUUCCGAGAAAAUGCCUUUAAAACUGGAUAUUAAACGAAAAUUGACCGCACGAUCCGAUCGUGUGAAAUGCACCGAUCUGCAUCCUGCCGAACCUUGGAUGUUGAUAUCUCUAUACAAUGGUAAUGUUCACAUUUGGAAUUACGAAACGCAGACGUUGGCGAAAAACUUCGAGGUCUGCGAUGUACCGGUGCGAGCUGUUCGUUUCGUAACUCGCAAAAAUUGGGUAGUCACUGGUUCCGAUGAUAUGCAAGUUCGUGUUUUCAAUUAUAACACCUUGGAAAGAACUCAUUCUUUUGAAGCACAUUCAGAUUAUGUCCGGUGUAUCAUUGUUCAUCCUACUCAGCCCUACAUAUUAACUUGCAGCGAUGACAUGUUAAUCAAAUUAUGGAAUUGGGAGAAGCAGUGGGCAUGCCAGCAAGUAUUUGAAGGGCAUACUCAUUAUGUAAUGCAAAUUGUCUUCAAUCCAAAGGAUAAUAACACCUUUGCCAGUGCUUCUUUGGAUAGAACGUUGAAAGUUUGGCAACUCGGUUCAUCGACUCCCAAUUUCACGUUAGAAUGUCACGAUAAGGGCGCAAACUGUGUCGAUUAUUAUCACGGAGGAGAUAAACCGUAUCUUAUUUCAGGCGCUGAUGAUCAUACUGUCAGGAUUUGGGAUUAUCAAAAUAAAACAUGCGUUCAAGUAUUAGAAGGGCAUACUCAGAAUGUAUCUGCUGUUUGUUUUCAUCCGGAAUUGCCGAUCAUGCUCACUGGUUCCGAAGACGGUACUGUGAGAAUAUGGCAUUCGGGUACUUAUCGUUUAGAACAAUCAUUAAACUAUGGGUUAGAAAGAGUUUGGACGAUAUCUGCUCUUAAAGGAUCUAAUAACGUUGCUAUUGGGUACGACGAGGGAAGCAUAAUGUUAAAAGUUGGUCGCGAAGAACCAGCAGUGUCUAUGGAUGUGAAUGGCGGAAAAAUUAUUUGGGCCAAACAUUGCGAAUUGCAACUGGCGAAUUUGAAGAAAGUUGACGCUCCUGACGCAAAAGGUGACAGUUCCGGUAUUAAAGAUGGAGAAAUAUUGUCUGUCGAAGUGAAAGAUAUGGGCAGCUGUGAAAUUUAUCCUCAGUCUAUCGCGCAUAACCCUAAUGGAAGAUUUGUGGUGGUAUGCGGUGAUGGAGAAUAUAUUAUUUACACCGCCAUGGCAUUGAGAAACAAAGCGUUUGGUUCGGCGCAAGAAUUUGUUUGGGCGCAAGAUUCUUCAGAGUACGCAAUUCGUGAAGGAACCACCACUAUAAAAGUUUUUAAAAAUUUUAAAGAAAAGAAAUCAUUCCGCCCCGAAUACGGUGUCGAUGGUAUCUUCGGUGGAUGGUUACUGGGAGUGAAAUCCAUGUCCGGCUUAGCGUUAUACGAUUGGGAUACUUUGGAUUUGAUUCGGCGUAUUGAAAUCCAACCUAGACACGUAUUUUGGUCGGAAAGCGGUGAACUUGUUUGUUUGGCCACUGAUGAUAGUUAUUUCAUUCUACGCUUCGAUGCGACUGCUGUUACAACUGCCAAAGAAAAUGGGGAAUUACCAACUGACGGCGUUGAAGAAGCGUUUGAUGUACAAGGAGAAGUACCAGAGUCUGUAAAAACCGGAUUAUGGGUUGGCGAUUGUUUCAUUUACACGAAUGGAGUGAACAGAAUUAAUUAUUACGUAGGCGGAGAAAUUGUAACUAUUUCACACUUGGACCGCACCAUGUAUUUGUUAGGAUACGUAGCUCGUGAUAAUAGAUUGUACUUAGGUGACAAAGAACUCAACAUUGUUUCAUACAAUUUGCAAUUAUCGGUGCUAGAAUACCAAACGGCCGUCAUGCGAGGUGAUUUCUCAACCGCCGAUCGAAUUUUACCAACCGUUCCGAGUCAUUACAGAACUAGAGUUGCCCAUUUUCUGGAAAAACAAGGAUUCAAAGAACAAGCGCUGGCUGUAUCUACCGAUUCCGAACAUAAAUUCGAAUUAGCCGUGCAAUUAGGUAAUUUAGAAGUAGCUCACGAAUUGGCUAAGGAGGCGUGUAGCGUCCAAAAAUGGAGGCAACUCGGUGAAUUAGCCACAGUUAAAGGAAAUCUCGAUUUGACGAAAAAAUGUCUUUGGGAAGCUCAAGACUUCGGAGGCUUAUUAUUAUUAGCGACAGCUUUAGGUGACAGCGAAAUGGUAUCAAGAUUAGCUGAAAGUUCCAAAGCUAACGGAAAAAACAAUAUUUCAUUUGUAUGUUACAUGCUUUUGGGGAAACUCGAAAAAUGCUUAGAUCUGUUGAUUGAAACCGAUCGAAUUCCAGAAGCCGCAUUUUUUGCGAGAACGUACAUGCCCAGUAAAAUGUCGAAAGUUGUAGAAUUAUGGCGAGACUCUCUUUCGAGAGUGAACGAAAAAACCAGUCAAUCGUUAGCUGAUCCCAAAGAGUACGAUAACUUAUUCCCAGGUUUGGAAGAUGCUUUGAAAACGGAACAAUAUUUGAAGCCCGAGCAACAACGUCUUCUUCCAUCAUCUGCUUAUCAAACUGUUCCCCCUUUAAAUGAAAGAAAUCCCAUCGAAGAAAUGAAAGAAGCUGCGAGCACUGGAAAAUUCCGUUUCGAUUUCCCCGGAAUUUUGGAAUAUUUUGAAAAAGUUAAAGAAGAUCAACAAGAAGUAUUAGAAGCUGAAAUUAAAGCACCCCUACCAGAAUUACCGAGAACAAUCUCGAAAUCAUCAUCGAUCGAUGACGAAAUUGAAAAAGAAUUGAAUCAGUUGAAUUUGGAUGGAGUUGAUCUGUCUGGCAUGAAUUCGGAUGAUGAUUUAUUGUUGAAUGAUACUGAUUGAUAAGAUCCCGUGUGUUCUCGUUACGAAUGUAGAAAAAUCUGGCCGCUGGCGAAGCGCAUUUAUCGGCGAUAGUAAUUUUAUUGUUCCCACGAUUUAUAUUCGUCCGAUAAUUUUCCUUUAACCUCAUUUCUAUUGGUUUUUUUUCCAUUAUUGAUCAUUAUUGUAAAUUGUUGUCAUAAUUGUAAUUUGUAAUUAUUAUUAUUGUUGUUUUAAGGAUUAUGAUACGAAUUACAGAAUAAUUUAUUAAAUUUUCAAGAAUUUCA